AAUAAAACCCAAAACAUAAAAAAAACUUCAUUUCCAUUCACUUCGGAAAUCGCUGUUUGUUUUUGUAGAUAUCAGUAAAAUGAUAUUUGUGUGAGAUUUUCUACGAUAAAUGCAAGUGUUUAAUAAGAUAAACAAAAGUUAUUUAUCAUUAUGGAGGGCUCUUCAAAUAAAGACGAGAUGUUGUGCGGAAUAUGUACGAUCCAUAGAAGUAAAUAUUGCUGUCCACGAUGUGGAAUACUAUAUUGCUCACUUCUUUGCUACCAGUCCGAUAAACAUUUAGAAUGCUCGGAGAGUUUUUACGAAGAUUGUGUUAACGAAGAGCUGUCUUCUUAUCAUGCGGGAGAUGAAGCGAAGCGUAGAAUGAUCGAUAUACUUAAAAGAGUUCAAAAUGACGUAGAUGAAGAAGACGUUGAUAUUGAAGAAAGUAUCGAUUCGGACGAUGAUAUCCCAAUCGAUUUGCACGAACGUCUCAAAAAUUUGGACCUUAAUAAUGCAGAGGUAUUAUGGAAUGCACUAACAGAAGAUGAGAAGAACGAAUUUGAAGCAGUUGUAAGAGGAAAUGUGGGCUCCGUUUUACCGCAAUGGGAACCAUGGUGGAUGUACAAUAAAGAUGGAAAGCUUGUGGAGGAAGUUGAAAGCUCAGAAAUGGAUGAGCAUUUAAAGAAAUGUCCAUGUAUCAAAUCUGUGCCAAAAUUUAACACAUUAACUAAUGUAAAACCAUCACCAGCUAUAUCAUUUAACAUAACAAAUGUGCUUGCAUCAUAUGCAUUUGUAAUGAGGUAUUUUAACGGAGAGAUUGAUGCUGUAGUAGCUGUCACACAUAUACUGGAUAUCUGUCAGAAUCUAUCCUCUAGUACUAAUUUUGAUGAUUUGGUGACUUCUGUGGAGUCUGUUGCACAGAAAUGUCUACAGAGUGAAUUAAUAGAAACGGAUGAAACAAGCCUAGAAGUUAUGAAACAUGAUACAUUUUUAAUGUUAAAAGGACCAAGCAGGGAUAAUAAUGCAUACUAUUGCAAAUCAGCUCUCUCCCAUCUAAUAGAAAUCUUCAACGAAGCAAAAUCAAAUUUAAAAACCACUACUAAGGAAGAUAUUCCAAAACCCAAAGGUACAUUUUGUAAGAAAUUCCCUGAAAACAUGAAUUAUUUACCAAAGUUAGAUUUAAGUGAAGUUAAGAAAAAUGUUAAAAAGCUGGAGUUCUAUUUAUCAUUUAUUGAAAGCAAUGAUAAUUGUUAAUAUUUAUAUUGAUCAUUUAUAAUAUAAAAAAAAGUAAUAGACAAUAUGCAUAUAACGCCAAAUUGCACCAAACUUUUUUUAA